AUGUCGUCAAGAUAUUCUCUACGCCAAACGCCUAGGAAGAAGGAACUCUUCGAGGGCAUGGUAGAGACUCCUACUCGUCGUUCACGUUCAGCGCGCCGCCAGACUUCUCAACCCCUUUCAGACGUCGAGACCGACUCCCCUGUUGAACCCGUCGCCCAACCCAUACGUCGACGAACCGCCAGAUUUACAGAGGAACUCGACGACGAGACAGAUUCUGACAACAUGGGAGCUGUUAACAGAGCUGCCAACGGCAAGACCAACGGCCAUGCUAAUGGCAAUGGCAAUGGCAAUGGCUAUACUAAUGGAGACGCGACCAACGGCCAUGCCACCAAUGGUCAUGCUACAUCCAACGACGCUUCUGGCGCUGCCCCUGUCCAAGCUGUCAUGGAGAAGAGCGAGGGCGUUUCUCACGAUCCUCAUGUUGUCGAUGGUUGGAGACCGGGCCAGGACGCCAAGAUCGACUACUCUGGAGAGUUCGAGUUUGGUGGUUCUCUCGGCACCGCUGCCAUGAUGACUCUCUUCCCCGUUCUCAUGUGGUAUAUGUGGAUUGGUGCUACCUACUACGACGGCAAGUUUCCCACCAGGGCAGAAGGUCAGUCUUGGGGCGAGUUCGGUGCUCAUCUUGUCAACCUUGUCUACACUGGCGCAUACCCCCGUCUUCAGGUCUGGGCUUGGUACUGGUCUUAUCUCAUUGUUGAGGGUGCUUUCUACUGCCUUCUUCCUGGUGUCUGGGGCUACGGUAAGCCUCUCCCUCAUGAGGGAGGCAAGCAGCUGCCUUACUACUGCAACGCUUACUGGAGUCUCUACACCACCCUGGCCUGCCUUGCUGGUCUGCACUUCUCCGGUCUCUGGCCUUUGUACAACGCCAUUGAUGAGUUUGGCCCUCUUCUGUCCGUCGCUAUCCUGAGUGGCUUCCUUGUCAGCAUUGUCGCCUACUUUUCUGCUCUCUGGCGUGGCAAGCAGCACCGCAUGACUGGCUACCCCAUCUAUGAUUUCUUUAUGGGUGCCGAGCUGAACCCUCGUAUGUUUGGCAUUCUUGACUUCAAGAUGUUCUUCGAGGUUCGCAUGCCCUGGUACAUCCUCCUCAUCCUCAGUCUUGGCACUGCCGCUCGUCAGCACGAGCAGUACGGCUACGUCUCUGGUGAGGUUUGGUUCCUUGUCAUGGCUCACUUCCUCUACGCCAAUGCUUGUGCCAAGGGUGAGGAGCUCAUCAUCACCACUUGGGACAUGUACUACGAGAAGUGGGGUUUCAUGCUCAUCUUCUGGAACCUCGCUGGUGUCCCCCUGUCCUACUGCCACUGCACCAUCUACCUCGCCAACCACCAUCCUGAUGUGUACCGCUGGAACCGUGGUAUCCUUGCCGCCAUGUACGUUGGCUACCUCUUCUGGUACUGGGUCUGGGACAGCUGCAACAGCCAGAAGAACCGCUUCCGUGCCAUGGAGAAGGGCAAGCUUGUCCUGCGCAACACCUUUCCCCAGGUCCCUUGGCAAACCCUUCACAACCCCAAGACCAUCGUCACACCCCAGGGAACUAUCCUGGUUGACGGUUGGUACGGCCUUGCUCGCAAGAUUCACUACACCGCCGAUGUGUGGUUUGCUGUUUCUUGGGGUCUGAUUACCGGUUUCGAGAGCCCCUUCCCUUGGUUCUACCCGGUCUUCUUUUGCUGCAUGAUCGCUCACCGAGCCGCUCGUGAUAUUCACCGCUGCCGUCGCAAGUAUGGCGACGCCUGGCUCGAAUAUGAGCGACGCGUUCCUUACCUCUUCAUUCCUUACGUUAUUUAA